UUCAGUGGGGGUGAGUUGUGUCAGUCUGCAGAGGAAAGAAGAAAUAUAUAGAUCUAUAUCAAUACUAACAUGGGCUUUGCGGAUCUUCUGGAUGAAGUUGGCGGGUUUGGACGCUUUCAGAUGAUUCAUGUCACUCUUCUGUCCAUCCCUGGCCUUCUAAUGGCUAGCCAGAAUUUGCUCAAUAACUUCACUGCUGGAGUACCGGAGCAUCACUGUCGCAUCCCGAACAGCACAGCGUCGCAGAACCAGAGCACCGCGGCGCUGCUGCGCGCCUUCAUCCCGCUGGACUCAUCCCUCUCUCCGUCCAGAUGCUCCCGGUACACCGACGCUCAGUGGCACUUAAUCACAGACCAACCGACUCACACAAAUGCAUCGGACCUGCAGACAGAGGCUUGUGCUGAGGGCUGGACAUACGACAAGACUCAGUUCAUCUCAACCAUAGUGUCAGAAUGGGAUUUGGUUUGUACCCUCCGUCCGCUCAAACAGAUGAGCCAGACCAUUUACAUGGGAGGAGUGCUGACGGGGGCCAUUAUAUUUGGAGGCUUAUCUGACAGGUUUGGGAGAAAGGGCAUGUUGAUCUGGUCAUAUUUUCAGCUGGCUGUCUUGGGCACGUUCACGGCUCUCUCUCCGUCUUACGUGGUUUACUGCGUCUUCAGAUUCCUGACCGGGAUGUCUGUGUCCGGAGUCAUUCUCAACGCCGUCUCUCUCAAGGUGGAGUGGAUUCCUACUAAGGCUCGGACGCUGGUGGGCACCAUCUCAUCUUUCUUCUUCACCUUCGGUCAGAUGAUUCUGGCCGGAGUGGCGUACAGUCUGAAGGACUGGCGCAAAAUACACGUGGCCGUCUGUCUCCCUUUCUUUGCCUUCUUCUUCUAUAGCUGGUGGUACUCUGAAUCUGCUCGCUGGCUGGUGCUGAACGGUCGCUCUGAAGAAGCACUGAAACAUCUCCACCGUGUGGCUAAAAUCAACGGCAAGCCCGAGAUGACAGAGAAGAUCACUUUAGAGGUGCUGGAGUCACACAUGCAGAAAGAGGUUCAGUCCAGUAAGAGCAUUUACACAGUGUUUGAUCUCCUAAAAACACCAACCAUGAGGAAGAUCUCUAUGUGCCUGAUGGUCGUCUGGUUUUCGACUAGUUUUGCGUAUUAUGGUCUGGCCAUGGACCUGCAGAAGUUCGGGGUGAACAUCUAUCUGAUGCAGAUCAUCUUUGGCGCAGUAGAUUUUCCGGCUAAACUGGUCGCUCUUCUGAUGCUGAGCUUUCUGGGCCGACGCAUAACCCAAGGCACCUGUCUCCUCAUGUCAGCGUGUGUAAUAUUCGCCAACAUUUUUGUUCCUAAAGACAUGCAGAUCACAAGGACAGCGCUCGCCGUUAUCGGAAAGGGCUUCACGUCGGCCUCCUUUACUUGUGUCUAUCUGUUCACCGGAGAGCUUUACCCUACUGUCAUCAGACAGACCGGCAUGGGCUUUGCCUCCACGAUGGCCAGGAUCGGAUCCAUGGCCGCUCCUGCCGUCCUGAUCCUGGAUGAGAUCCUGCCGGCUCUGCCUAGCAUUGUAUACGGAGGAUCCGCUGUGCUCGCUGGUUUAAUAGCCUUUUUACUUCCAGAAACCCUCAACAUUCCUCUGCCUGAUACCAUUGAGGAUGUAGAGGAGAAAAGGGAAAAGAAAAGUCAAGGUCUUAAAGAACAGACACAGAGAGAGUCAGUGGCCUUACAGGACAUCAAGCAGACUGGAGGAACGUGUGAAGAGAGCAAGUGCUCUGGGCUUCAUCCACUGUCCGAGGCUUCAGCUCACGUAAAGUGAUCAUUAUUACACACUGAGACAAACAUUCAAGACGGUCUCAGUCUAGAUCAACAAAACGGAACGGAUUCAUUUGCUUCUUCAUUGGAUCGGGUUUGGAGAAAUGUUGCAUUGCAUCAGUGUCUCAUCAACGGAUGCUCUGCAGUGAAUGGGUGCCGUCAGAAUUAGAGUCUGAUAAAAACAUCACAGUAAUCCACAGCACUCCAGAACUUCUCACAUCCGGAGAAGACAAAAGAUGAAACAAAUCCAGCAUUAAGACGUUUUAACUGUAAACCUUUGCUUCUGGAUGAGAUAUAAUCCAUAAUAAGACUUCCUCCAGCGAAAAAGUGCAUCUCCUGUUGUCUCUCACAUCAAAAUCCAGACACAGAUUAGUUUAGAGCUGUUUAAACGCUGCGUGAUCUGUGCAGAUUUCUCUCCUGAUUCAGAGCAGAACACUUUUUCACUGGAGGAAGUGUUAUUAUGGAUUAUUUGAGUUAAAAUCAUCUUAAUGCUGGAUGUGUUUCAGCUUUUGUCUUCUCCAGAUGUUCACUGAUGGACUGGAGUGCUGUGUGUUUAUCAGCUGUUUGGACUCUCAUUCUGACGGCACCCAUUCACUGCAGAGCAUCCACUGAUGAGACACUGAUGCAAUGCUACACUUCUCCAAACCUGAUGAAGAACACACUCCUCCUGAUCUGGGACGACCUGAGGGAGGAGUAAACGUCUAUUAAAUUUUCAUUUUUGGGUGAACUAUUCUUUUAAUCUCCACAUGUAGUGUGAGAAACAGACUGAAAUGUAACUCAUUAUUCACCUGAUAAUCUUGAAUUUGUGUCUUUCAUGAUGUUGAUGAAAACUCACUAAUGCAUGAUUGCAGGAAUUGAUCUCAUUUAAAUGCUUCAAUGCAGAGCAUUAGAAGAUCGUUAUGUUAUUACACAGUAUACAAUGCAAUCAUGAUAAUUAAUCUAUGAUUACUUAAACCCACAUUAAUGAAGGUUCUUAAUAAUGUGAAACUUAAAUUUAUAGCGUCUGAUUUUAUUGUAACUUUUUUGUAUCCGAAAUGCAACAAACUGUUAAAUGUUUUUGUUACAUUUUCUAAACAAAGAGGCAACUUUUUACAGGUUUAUUUGACUAACAUUAGCUAAUGCAUUAGCUAUCAUAAACCUGACGAUUCUUUACAGCAUUUAAUAUGUAGUUACGUGUUUAUUGUGAGUUCAUGACACCAAAUGCAUUAGAUAAAGUUAAUAUAAUAAACCAUAUUCAACAUGUUACACAUUGUAAUCAAAAGAUUCUACAACUAGAAAUUAAAGUGGACACACUACUUUCAAACACUA